CUGUUCUCCCUCUUCAACUGGCUCCCGAGGCUUCCGAGGGACUGAGGACCCGGGUCGCGGAGGCUCUAUCUUAGCCGCUGCCGCCGCGGAGCCGCGAGGUAGGGGCAGAGGGCACUUUAAGGGCAAGACUCAUCCACACACACACCAGAUGUUCUUCAGAGCUGCUUGGAGCUUGGUGCUGAGGAAAGGAGGACUUGGAAUGCGAGGGAUGCACAGUCCGGGAGGCACUGCACAGGGCACGGGGAAGAUGCCCCCCUAUACCAACUACCAUGCCCAGCGCUCCUACCCCAUGCCAGACGAGCCCUUCUGCACAGAGCUCAACGCUGAGCAGCGGGCCCUGAAAGAGAAGGAGAAGGGCAGCUGGACCCAGCUGAGCCAUGCCGAGAAGGUGGCCUUGUAUCGGCUCCAGUUCCAUGAGACCUUUGCAGAGAUGAACCGUCGCUCCAAUGAGUGGAAGACAGUGAUGGGCUGUGUCUUCUUCUUCUCUGGAUUCACAGCGCUGCUCAUUUGGUGGCAGCGGGUCUAUGUGUUCCCUGAGAAGCCCAUCACCCUGACGGAAGAGUGGAAGGCCCAGCAGCUCCAGCGCAUCCUGGACAUGAAGGGCAACCCUGUGCAAGGCCUGGCCUCCCAUUGGGACUAUGACAAGAAGGAGUGGAAGAAGUGACACCAUAGCCCAGACUGCUCUCCCAAAGCUCCCUGCUGGCCCAGAGGCUAUGGAGGGGCCUCCCUCUUCAUAACCCAAUAAAGCUGGUCUGUUCUCUUCUGCCUCUAA